GCGGGGUGCGGGGCGUUCCGGACGGAUCGGGCCCAUCCCAACCCCCGCCCCGCCGGGAGCGCGGCCCCGGCCGUGUCCGCUCCGCUCCGGAGCACCAUGGAGCCCCGCGCAGCUUGAUGGGGAAGUUCUGAACCCCCCAUCCAGAACUUCCAGGAGGGAUCCAUGAGCCCAGGACCUCGGCAUGGACAUCGUCCUCUCCGACUUUGUUCGCUCAACGGGGGCAGAGCCAGGGCUGGCCAGGGACCUGCUGGAAGGCAAGAACUGGGACCUGAGUGCAGCCCUGAGUGAUUUUGAGCAGCUCAGGCAAGUCCAUGCUGGAAACCUCCCCCAUUCCUUCAACGAAGGACGUGGCAACAAAGCCCUGGAAAAAGAGGCAGCUCGGCCCGGGCGGCCGCCGCUCCAGAGACAGGAUGAGAUUGUCCAAGAGAAACGUCUGUCUCGAGGCAUCUCCCAUGCCAGCUCCACCAUUGUCUCCCUGGCCCGUUCCCACGUCUCCAGCAAUGGGAGCAGCAGUGAGCACCUCCUGGAGAUGCCCAUCUGCACCUUCCAGCUCCCAGACCUCACCAUCUACACCGAGGAUUUCCGCAGCUUCAUCGAGAGAGACCUCAUCGAGCAGUCCAUGCUGGUGGCCCUGGAGCAGGCUGGUCGUCUGAACUGGUGGGCUAACGUGGAUCCCAGUUGCCAACGCCUGCUCCCACUGGCCACCACUGGAGAUGGGAACUGCCUCCUCCACGCUGCCUCCUUGGGGAUGUGGGGUUUCCAUGACAGGGAUCUCAUGCUCCGGAAAUCCCUCUACACUUUGAUGGAUAAAGGGGUGGAGAGGGAAGCCCUGAAGAGGAGGUGGCGUUGGCAGCAGACCCAGCAGAACAAGGAGUCUGGCCUCGUUUACACAGAAGAGGAGUGGCAGAAGGAGUGGAACGAGCUGAUCAAGCUGGCUUCCAGCGAGCCCCGCAUCCACUACGGCACCAACGGCUGCGGAGGUGUUGAAAGCUCUGAAGAGCCAGUGUAUGAGAGCCUGGAGGAGUUCCAUGUCUUUGUCCUUGCCCAUGUCUUGAAGAGGCCCAUCGUGGUGGUGGCAGACACAAUGCUGAGGGACUCAGGGGGUGAAGCCUUUGCUCCCAUUCCCUUUGGAGGCAUCUACCUUCCCCUGGAAGUCCCAGCCAACAAAUGCCAUCGUUCUCCCUUGGUCUUGGCUUAUGACCAAGCCCAUUUUUCUGCCCUGGUAUCCAUGGAGCAGAAAGAACCCACAAAAGAGCAAGCUGUGAUCCCCCUGACGGACUCGGAGCACAAACUCCUCCCCGUGCACUUCGCCGUGGACCCCGGGAAGGAAUGGCAGUGGGGGAAGGAUGACAGUGACAACAUCAAGCUGGCCAGCGUGACGCUGUCUCUGGAAGCCAAGCUGCACUUGCUGCACAGCUACAUGAAUGUCAAAUGGAUCACGUUGCCUUGUGACAUGCAGGCGCCUUUGGCCCAGCCAGAAUCUCCAACAGCCUCGGCGGGUGACGACGCUCGUUCCGUGGUGGAGUCGGGAGAAUCGGACAAAGAAUCCGUCUGCAGCAGCUCAGCCAGCAAUGGGGGCAGCAGGGCUGGCAAGGAGAAAGAGAGGCCAAAAAGAGAGCGUGAAAAAGAGAAGGAAAAAGAGAAAAAAAGAGCAGACUCGGUGGCAAAUAAACUGGGGAGUUUCGGGAAGACUUUGGGCAGCAAACUCAAAAAGAACGUGGGGGGGUUGAUGCACGGCAAAGCUCCGAAAGCGGGAGGAGGGCUGAGCAACGGGCAGGGAGACACCUUGGAGAAGAAGAAAAAAGGAUCUUUGAAAGCAAGGAAAGGCAGCAAAGAGGAAGCUUCUCCAGGAGAUUUGUCAGCUCCUGUGGAGAAAACCUGCCCGGGGAAACCAGCUCUGGAGAAACCAUCGGAUGCCUCCAAAUACAGCAGCGACGUCAGGCUGAGCCUCGGCAUCCUGCGAGCGGCCAUGCAGGGGGAAAGGAAGUUUAUCUUUGCUGGCCACCUGAAAACCAGCACCAGGCACCAGUACCAGGAGGAGAUGAUCCAGAGGUACCUCCUGGAUGCUGAGGAACGCUUCCUGGCCGAGCAGAAACAAAAAGAAGCAGAGAAAAAGGCCUUGGGGAGUUCCUGCCCCGCCAAGAAACCCGAGGCGGAAGGGAAUAAGAGCGAGGAAGAGCUCCUGAACCCCCCUUACCCUCAGCCUCCCCCCACCUACACCAUCCACACCCCGGAGUUGGCCAUGGGGGCUAAAAUAGCUGCUUUUCCCACCGGUUAUUCCGGGGUUUUCACUUUUCCAAGACCUUCCCUGGUGAGCAGCUUGGAAGGGCCACAUCCCCCCUGCUACCCCGAGGGCCGGCGCCAGGUGGCCGGGGGCUCCAUCCUCCCUCCUUAUGCCACUUUACCCCGGCACUGUCCCCAAGGGAGGGCAAAUCUCUACCAGCCCAAUCCUCCCCAUCCCCCGGGGAGGUUUUCUCCCACGGACAUGGAAGUCCAUCCUGUUUUUCCAUCGGAUGGUGAGGGUCCCAGCUGCCUCCUCCUCCCCCCAGCCCCGGCCAGCAACGGUUACAGGGAGUACCUGGAGCAGGAAGCUUCACAGAAAGGGACAGGGGAGAGAAACAAAACCCAACGGGUUCUUUAUAACAUCCAGCAGACCAAAUGCAAGCAACCCAACUGCAGUUUUUAUGGACAUCCUGAAACUGGGAAUUUUUGCUCCUGCUGUUACAGGGAGGAGCUGAAACGCAAGGAGCGGGAGGCUCUGGUGCACAGGUUCUGAGCACCUGACCCCACCACUGCUCUUGGGACCCAUGAGAAAUGGGGAAUGCAAUAAUAUAGAUUAAUUUUGGGGUGUUUGUUUGGUUUUGUUUUGUUUUGUUUUUUAACCCCUCUCUCCCCAUCUGUGGGAGGAGGGAGCGCAGCUGGACGAGCUGAAACAUGGGUGAAGCAAAGCAAACCAGAGCCCUCGGUGGAGAGAGGAGGAAGAUGGGUUGAGCUGAGGGUGGAAAGGAGCAGGAAGAGUUCUUCAGAACCACCCAAAACUUUGGGAGAAAGCAGAGGGGGAGCAGCACCUCCCCAGCUCCUUCCCUGGGCUCCAAGUGCCCGGGACGGAGCCGCCAUUUCAGUCGCAAACCUCUGAAAGGAGAGAUGAUCUGUUGGUUUUCUUUUUUAACACUGUUUUUAUUUUUUAUAUAUAUAUAAUUUUUUUUUUGGCUGGUACUGAGCGAAACCUCGUUGGAAUUGGACAACAUUGAGGAGAUUUUAUUUUUUUGGAGGGUGGCUUCCAGCCUGACACCGUGGGGCUCUUCCCAGCACCCGCAGCGGGCUCAGCGCUCGCUCGACUUUUCUUUUUAAAAUAUUCUUACAUUUUUGGUUUUUUCCCACAAGGGGGGUCUGGGGGGGGUUGUCACAGCGCUUGAGUGAGUUUGAGGUUUUUUGCAUUUUGUUCCCUGCAGUCCUGUGCAAAAAAAAAAAAAAAAGAAAACAACACAACCAAACCAACAAACCCCCCCCGGGUUCGCCGUCCGCUCGCCCCGACUUGGAGUGGAGAGAAGCCCCAAGGUUGGAGGCUCCACCCAGCAAUAAAUGGGUGUGGGGAAGGAGAGGACCCCGUGGACACCCCCAAAAGCCCCAAAAUAACUUCUUUUUGGGUUUUUUUUGGUUUGUUUUUUUUUUUUUUUCUACUUGAGCAAAGCUACUGCCGUACUACCUCUGUUCUGCUGAAUUGAAUUAACUCGGCUCCAUUUUGCUGAGCCACCAGUAACUGACCUUUAGGCUGAGGAAUAGUAAAUAAAUUAAUUAAAAAUUAAAAAAAUUAAAAAAAAAAAAUAAAAAAAAGACUAUUUUUGAUAAUAGGGCUUCAGAGUGAAAGGGUAAAAUGAAAAAAAAAAAAAAAAAGCAACCAACCUGUUACUGACACCACCACCUUCCCUUUCUCCCCAUCCCAAUCCCACUCUGGGUGGGUUUAAUUAAUUCCCCCCUGGGUUUAAUUAAUUAAUUCCCCCUUGGGUGGCUUUAAUUUCCCCUCAAACUGCUUCAAUCCCUCUCUUGGGUGGGUUUAAUUUUCCCCAAAGUGGAUUUAAUUCCCCCUGGGUGGGUUCAGCUCCCACGGGGGGGUUUAAUUUCCCCCCAAAAUUGAUUUAAUUUCCCCCCAAAAUUGAUUUAAUUCCCCCCGGGUGGGGUUAAUUCCCCUCCCCCGGGUGGGUUUAACUUUAGCACUGCAAUAUUUGCACAAAUACUUUAAAAUUUUGGGAGGGUUUUUCUUUUUUUUGUUGUUUUUUUCUCUGUAACUCCAGCUCCCAAACCACCCCUGAUCCUGUGACAGAGCAAGGUUCGGCGGUUUUACCACGUGAAAAAUAAAAGGAAUUCUGAUGAUUUGAAGCUUUA